AGUCACAUUUCGGUUGCUGCUCUGAGAAUUUGUACUGAGCAGCCUCUAACAGCCUGGUACUCCUUUACAAUUGAGAAAUGAUCAUCUUACUUUACUUAUUUGUCUUGCUGUUGAAAGAGGCUCAUGGAUGGGGAAUCAAGGAUGGAAUUUUUCAUAACUCCAUAUGGCUUGAACGAGCAGCGGGCGUUUACCACAGAGAAGCACGGUCUGGCAAAUACAAACUCACCUAUGCAGAAGCAAAGGCGGUGUGUCAAUAUGAAGGUGGCCGACUUGCCACCUAUAAGCAACUAGAGGCAGCUAGAAAAAUAGGAUUUCAUGUUUGUGCUGCUGGGUGGAUGGCCAAGGGCAGAGUUGGAUAUCCCAUUGUGAAGCCAGGGCCAAAUUGUGGAUUCGGAAAAACUGGCGUUAUUGAUUAUGGAGUCCGUCUCAAUAGGAGUGAGAGAUGGGAUGCCUAUUGCUACAACCCACAUGCAAAGGAAUGUGGUGGUGUAUUCACUGAGCCAAAGAGAUUGUUUAAAUCUCCAGGCUUCCCGAAGGAGUAUGAUGAUAACCAAGUUUGCUACUGGCACAUUAGACUCAAGUAUGGUCAGCGCAUUCAUCUGAGUUUUUUGGAAUUUGACCUUGAAGAUGACCCAGCUUGUUUUGCAGAUUAUGUUGAAAUAUAUGACAGUUAUGAUGACGUCCAUGGCUUUGUGGGAAGAUAUUGUGGAGAUGAACUUCCAGAAGACAUCAUUAGCACAGGAAAUGUCAUGACCUUGAAGUUUCUGAGUGACGCUUCAGUGACAGCAGGAGGUUUCCUAAUCAAAUACGUUGCAGUGGAUCCUCUAGGCAAAUCCAGUCAAGGAAAAAGUACAAAUUCUACUUCUACUGGAAGUAAAAACUUUUUAGCAGGAAGAUUUAGUCAUUUAUAAAAAAAAAA